AUGUUAACCGUAACGGUUACCGCUCCAGGAGCCGAUCUCGCUCCGCUUCGCGAUCAAGGAUGCUUUCACGAAGCCGAAGCCGAAGCUGGAGUAGUCGGAGUCGCAGCCGCAGUCGAGGCUCCCGACGGUGUAGAGACAGAAGUUAUAGUAGAACUCCUAGCCCUUCAGAUAGCCUGCCAAGGAGCUCAAAAGUCUAUUGUGGUUGAAAAACUGACGAAGAAUGUAACGGAGUCACACCUUCGAGAAAUAUUUGGGAGCUUCGGGGGUAUAGAGAGCCUGGAUCUCCCUAUGAACAAAGUUUUUAUGACAAACCGAGGCACAGCAUAUAUACUUUACAACGAUCCCGCGGAUGCAGAGGCGGCUAUUGCACACAUGCACGAGGCCCAACUCGAUGGGGCUGUCCUUAAUGUUUCUAUUGUUCUUCCCCGAAGAGCAUUUUCCCGAUCACCACCACCCCAGAGCAGCAGGUUAAGCUUCGGCCGUCAAAGGCACAGCCGUGGCCAGCCACCGGACUCUCGUUAUUCUCGCCCUUCUCCCUAUCCUCCCAGAUCCCCUCCCCACCCGAGAAGUUCGGCCGCACUAGGCCCAUGGAAAGACAUGACCUUUAUCGUCCACGGUCUUUAUCUCGAUCACGAUCGCCACGUCGCUCUCGAUCAUCGGAAUUCAGGUCAGCGUCCCCACCGAGGAGGGGACAGCUGCGCCCUGGCAGCCCGCGACGUGGUAGACGCCGCAGUCCUAGUUAUAGCAGUUAUGACUACAGCAGCCACAGUGACAGAAGUAGAAGCCCCAGCAGGAACAGAGGUCCUGGUCGAUAUGGUCCGCAAAGGCGGUGAAUCGCACGGAGCCACAAGACGAGGUUUCCGACUUUCUACUCACUGA